AUGCUCUCCCUCUCUCUCUCUCUCUCUCUCUCUCUCUCUCUCUCAAAAACAUUAACUAUGUUUUUUUUUUUCUCGUCUCCAUUUUUAUUAAACUUUCUCCUUCUUAGUUCAUCUUUCAAGUCAUAUUUCCCUCUCUUCUUAUAUUUCUUCCUUUAUUUCACCAUUUAUUUUCAUAAAUCACAAUAUAUUAUCUUCGGUCGUCGUUCCCCAUUUUACCCUUUUUCAAUCUUCUUUCUCUUCAUAUCAGUUUCUCUUCUUUCUCCUUUUAUUUUUUUUUUCAUUUCUUUCUGCUCUUCUUUCUCUACUUAUCUUGAAACAUUAUUUAUUCUUUUUCUUCCGCCAUUCUUCCUUCUACACAUUAGCUUCGUUUUUUUUCUUCUUCUGACUAUUUAUUACUUUUUCUCAUCUAGCACCCCUUAUUAUCUUUCUUGUUCAUUUCCUUCUCCUCACAAAAUUCUUAGUUUCUUUCCUCAUCAUUAUAUAAUAUUUCCUUCCUUCCCUCUUUCUUUCUUUCUUUCUUUCUUUCUUUCUUUUUUCUUUCUUUCUUUCUUUCUUUCUUUCUUUCUUUCUUUCAACUUAGUUAUUCUCCUUAUUCUCUUUUCGUUUCUCUUUCCUGAAUAUCUUAUUUUAUUCUUAUUUAUUUUUCCUUUCUUCAUUUAUCCAUUGGUUUAUAAUUGUUGUUUUCUUUUUUUUUUGUUUCUAUUCCUUCAUCAAUUUAUCCAUUCGAUAAUAUUUUAUGUCAUGUUCUUUCUUUUUUUAUCAUCUCCGCCAUUAGUUAGCUUUCUUUCUUUCUUUCUUUCUUUCUUUCUUUCUUUCUUUCUUUCUUUCUUUCUUUCUUUCUUACGCCACUGCUUUAUUUCACUUCAUCUUUCUUUCUUUCUUUCUUUCUUUCUUUCUUUCUUUCUUUCUUUCUUUCUUUCUUUCAUCGUUUCUUUCCUUCCCUCACUUCAUUAUCUAUUCUUUUUUCCUUUCUUUCAUUUACUCAUUGUUUCUUCUUUCUUUCUUUCUUUUACUUCAAUAUUCCUUCCUUCUUUAUUUCUUUCAUAUAAGUUAUCUUUUUCUAUUCUUUUCCACUUUUUCUUCUCGAAUUUAAGAAUUUCAUGUCUGCUUCUAUCUUUUUCGCUUUCAUUAAUUAUUUGUCUUUCUUUCUCACUUUCUUAUUUUUACACCACUACUUUACUUAAUUUACUUCUUUAUCCAUUAAUUCUAUCAUACUUCCUUUCUUUAUUUUGUCAUCUAUCUCUCCUACUCUUUCUUCAUUAUGCAUUCUUUCUUUCUUUCUUUUUUCUUUCUUUCUUUCUUUCUUUCUUUCUUUCUUUCUUUCUUUCUUACGCUUACAUCAUCUCUUUCCUUCCAUUACUUUUCCUCUUUUUUUUUAAUAUAAAUUAUGUUUUUUAUUCUUUUCCACUUCUUCUUGAGUUUAUUUUGUUUUUAAUUGUCCUUAACUUUUUUAUUCCUUCAGUUAUUGAUCCAUUAAAAAUUCAUUUGUAUUGCUUGUAUUUUUUCACUUUCAUUAACUAUUUUCUUUCUUUCUUUCUUUCUUUCUUUCUUUCUUUCUUUCUUUUUUAUCCUCUUCUUUAUAACACUUACUUCAUUAUCAACUAA